AAGACUCUCUCUGACUUUUCUUCUGCAUAUGGAGUACACUUAUGAGUUAAGUCUAUAUAUUACUAACUUUCCAUAGCUCUUAAAACCCAAAAGAAAAAAAAAUUCCUUAGCUCUUUCCAAUCUCACAGUGUGUACUGUGCACUGACAUUAGAAAUGGGCAUCGUCACAUUCUCUGCUUCCUUUUUGCUAUCAAAUUUCUUGCUAUUUUUGUGCUUGUACAAUGAAGUGGCUUUUGGUAAUGAGGUUGUUGAGCCCAAUAGGGAAACAUUGGAAAUUAUCAUAGGUGGUGGAGGUGGUGGCUAUAAUCCUUUUCCCAGUCCUGAAUGCCCUCCUCCUCCUCCUCCUGAACCCAUUUGCCCUCCACCACCUUCUCCACCGCCACCGCCAUCGCCGCCUCCACCACCUCCUCCUUCUCCACCGCCACCGCCAUCGCCGCCUCCACCACCUCCUCCUUCGCCACCGCCACCGCCAUCGCCGCCUCCACCACCUCCUCUUUCGCCACCGCCACCGCCAUCGCCGCCUCCACCACCUCCUCCUUCGCCACCGCCCCCAUCGCCUCCACCUCUGGACCUUGACUUUCGAUUAAAUGCGGUCUACCCUGUACUUCAACGCUUCAAAGCCAAAACCACAGACCCAAAAGGCUGUACUAAAAAUUGGAAUGGCAGGGGACAAAAAAUAUGCCGUUACAAAGGCAUCGCCUGUGCCACCUAUCCAAACGAAAAGAGAAAAGCAGUUGCUGGAAUAGACUUCAAUGGGUGUGGGCUUUCUGGUAAGAAUAGCAAUCCAUAUUCACUCGAUGGUUUCCUUGAAGAGUUAAAAGACAUAACAUUCUUCCACGCAAACUCCAACAAUUUCACUGGUCGCAUCCCAGCAAAGAUAUCCAAGCUUAAAUACUUCUACGAGCUGGAUCUCAGUAACAACCAAUUGACCGGCUAUUUCCCAUAUGAAGUUCUUGCUGCCACAAAGUUAACAUUUUUGGACCUCCGGUUUAACACUUUCCAUGACAAGGUUCCACCUCAAGUGUUCAACUUAGACGUGGACGUACUGUUCAUCAACAACAACUAUUUUUACGAUACUCUUCCUAAUAAUCUUGGCAACACGCCAGCCCUUUAUCUCACUGUCGCCAACAACUUGUUCCAUGGGCCAAUCCCACAAAGCAUUGGCAAUGCUAAAGACACUCUGCUUGAGGUGCUCUUCUUAGGCAACAGACUCAGUGGGUGCUUGCCAUAUGAAAUUGGGUUUCUGAAAAAGGCCACAGUUUUCGAUGUGAGCUUCAACUAUCUAUCGGGUCCAAUACCACUCUCAUUUCAGUGCUUGUCCAAAAUAGAGCUGCUUGUCUUGGCUCGAAACCAGUUCUAUGGGGAGGUUCCUGAGGCUGUUUGCAAGCUGCCUAAUUUGUCAAACUUCUCCUUAUCAUACAACUACUUCACUCAGGUUGGUCCUAUAUGCAGGAAAUUGAUCGACAGAAAGAUACUUGAUGUAAGGAUGAAUUGCAUUCUAGGCCUUCCUCAUCAGAGAUCAGAGGAAGAAUGUGCUGUAUUUUUCUCUAAGUACAAGUACCACGCUUGCCCCAAUCCGCUUUCCUUGAAGAAAGUUCCAUGUGCUACAAAUAAUCAUUAUUCAGGUUCACUCGAUGCCUCUGAUAAUCAACCAAUGGCUGUAGCUCCUUCACCAAGAUCCUAUGAUACUCUUAUACCGCAUAGGUUGUGAUUUUCCUCCUCUAAAUUGAUUUAAUAAGGUAGAGUCAUGAAGGGCCUACGUAUUAUAUUUGCAUAUGUUUGUUAUUCUCUAAAUAUUUGUUAAGUUAUAAAUAAGCAAUGGGCAUCUUGAUCACCUGAGCAGAUGCUAAUUGAUGUAGCUAGUGUAGCACUGAAUAUCGUCGUUCAUAAAUUGGAUUCAUCACAUUGUGUUCAA